CCAUGCUAAUCUUCAUUCUCUGUAUCUUUUCCUUUCACGAAGAUAUUUUUUAACUGGCUGCUGCGCAGAAGCCAGUUAACAAAAAUGUGAGGUGACACGGCGCGUAAAUCGAGAAGUUGUGGGUCGGUGGACGGAGAGGGGAAAGGUCCAGGGGACAGGGACUCUUUUGAAAAGGCAAAACGGUCCGUGGAGUGACUUGAAAACAUGGCUAAAAUGCCCAAUUAUGGCGAAAUCGGGCCCCCCCCGAAGGAGAUUAUCUACGAGAAUACUUACAUCACAGGCCCUGAAGGUUACGGUCCGGGUCACAAGUUUCAGGCUGGAGUUGUCAGGAGGGUGAUCACUGAAGUCUUAAUGACUAAGAUGGAGGGGGCGGAGUAUGACACCUCGCGUUCACCUCAGACUGUCCGCGAGCUCACAGAGGUUAUCAAGGAUCGUGUGAAGGACUUGGGCUAUAAUCGAUACAAGCUAAUUGUGCAAGUGACUCUGGGGAAGAAAGCAGGUCAAGCAUUUCGGCUGGCGUCGCGCUGCCUCUGGGACACUGACACUGACAACUGGGCAUCGGAUGCAUUUGAAAACGAGAGUCUUUUCUGUGUCGUACAGCUAGUCGUCUGGUGCCUGCGAGCGUCUCCUGAAACUGCUACCGUCAUGGACCAAAUGGAGGAGGCCUAUCAAGCCUGGAUGCUGCUUCUGAUUACCGAAGCCAAGCAACGGUCGGAUGCAGUAGCAGCCGCAGCAAAGAAGAAGGCAGAGCACGCCGAGAAGGCACGUCUGUUGGCAAUUGAACAGCAGCGCCAACAAGACGAGGCAGCAGCAAAGGAUGCCGAUGAAGAACGACUUCAACAACGCGAGAAGAUAUUCAGCGGAGAGCGAACUUUGUUCACAAUGGUAGCAGACUGGCGGGCCGAGGCUGAGAAUGGGAAGCUGGAAGAGAGUGGAAACAAGAUCGCUCUACUCCUCUCCCAUCUCACGGACCUCCUGGCCACGUGCAUUGCACAGCAGGAGGACAUUCACAACCUUGACAACGCGGUUCAGACACACAAUCAGGUGUUUGACCAACUCACCAGCCGCCUCCAACAGCUGGAACAAACCGUCGCCGCCCCCGUUGCCAGCUCUUCCAACACCUCCAAUCGCCUCGAGGCAUUGGAGAUUGAUGUCGGAUCCCUCAAGGACGGCGUGCAGUUACAGCAAAACGCCACGCAACAGUUGGAGCAGCGGAUCUGUACUGCCGCCACUCACCCGAGAUCAAAACCGCGCGAGACAACUCCAAAGUUCGAUGAUCAGGAGAUCUUCUGCGAUUCGACGAAGACGGACCCGAUUCCGUGGUUCCGUAAGUUCGAACUCAAGUUGCAGCUACACUACUACGGAGUGGUGGCUACCGACUUCCAUACCAAGAUCAGUUGGGAUGAUCUAAAGGCGGCGUGGCAUAAGCGAUUCCAAGUAGAGCCGGCAGAGAUCAAGGCAAUGGACAAGCUGAUGGUCUUCGAACAAGGCAUGCUGCCGAGUGUUGAUUGGAUUGCCAAGUACCAACGCUUGACAUCCGUCCCAGACAUUCAAAUGGGCUUCAAAGCCAUCAAACACUACUUCAUCUCGAGGUCGUGUCCGGGCAAUGCCUUGACUCACGUCGAGGACACCCUGACGACACCGGCGGAGCUCUUUGACAAGGCCGCGCAGAUUAUUGUCACGAACGAGGAGGCUAAGAACCUCCACCGUUCGUCUUCGACAGGCCCGAGCAGAGAUCAGCAUCGGUCGAAAGUGGCCGUGGUCGCGGCGAUAACUCCAAUCGACCAAACUAGCGAGGCCAUGUCUACCAAUGAAGGGGACAGACUCGCAGCCGCCCGGGAUGGUGGCCGCCCCGGCAAAGGCCGAGGACGCGGCAAGACGAAGACAAACACCGCAUCUAGCCCUGGGCCCGACGCAACAGCUCCAGCCCCAUGGUCCCAAUACGGACCUGCAGCAGGUGCAGAUUCCAUUGUUGCUGUAACAAGCAAUGAGGUUGGAACUUUUGCAAGUGUUGCAGCCUCAGGAUCGGAACCAGCUGCUGCUGGUCCCAGCUACGCAGGUCCCUAUGUGGACCGGAAGUCGGUUCAAAUGCCGUCCAAGUACGACGGCAAGGAAGACAUCGAGUCCUGGAUCGGCUCCAUGCGGGCCUACUUCGAGAUCCUGGGGACUCAAACUGAGACCCAGGCGGUGAUCAUGGGAAUGAAUGUCGAGCCGGUCGUACGGGGCUUCCUAGAAGUCCAAACAACGCGUGCUGGGUUUCCAAAGGCUGCAUUAGCCAAAUGGCUAAGGGCCACCCCGGUUGCCUCCCUCGAAGAACUCCUUACCUCAAAAUACCAAGAUCCACAUGUUGCUGCUAAAGCAAGAAUUCAACUGGAUAAAGUGAAGCACAGCACGUGGAAUGGCUCCAUGAAAAGCCUGCAGACCUAUCUAAGCAAGUUGUUUGCCACUCCUGGUUUGGAAUUGUCCUCGCAAUCUUGCUUGGAUGUGGUCAAGGGCACGGUUCCAACUAAUUUCACUAGUCGCCUGGGCACGGGCUACAUUGCAUAUACAGACUGGCUCGCCUUAAUGAAGGACGUAGUCGGUCUGGAGGCCAUGGACCUCGUUAGCACGAUAGGCAGCAGAAAGCCCAUGGGCGACAGACGAUUCAAGAGCAGCAACUGUUUUGCUGUGCAUGACCUGCUGGAGGCCGAAGGAGAAGCCGAUGCGGUUGACCCCACUCUUGGUGACGACCAAGAGCAGGACUCCGAUACAGCUUAUUCGGUCGGCUCUAUACGCGACUUGCGACCGGACUUUGGUGAUCCCCUUGCUGAUUCCCCACCCCCACCUGUCCCAUCAGACAUUCAAGCCCUCCUCGAUCGAUUUCCGGAAGUCUUGGCUGAGCCACGUGAAGUCCCCACGCGACCGGUCCGACACACCAUCGAGUUGGUCGAGGGUGCUGUUCCUCCAAAGGGCUGCGUGUACCGUAUGGGACCCGGCGAGUUGGACGAACUCCGGCGGCAGAUCGAUGAGAUGAUUGACAAAGGGUGGAUCAAACCAAGUGAAUCUGAAUUUGGUGCUCCUGUGUUGUUUGUGCCAAAGAAAGGAGGCAAACUCCGCAUGUGUAUUGACUAUCGCGCUCUAAGCCGCAUCACAAGAAAGAAUGCUUACCUAUUGCCUCGUAUAGAUGACUUGCUUGAUGUUGCAGGCGGGUGCAAGGUAUUCUCAAAAAUCGAUCUCAACUCUGGCUACCACCAGAUUGAAGUCGAUCCUGCUGACCAGCACAAGACUGCGUUCAAGACGCGCGAUGGGCUUUACGAGUUUACCGUAAUGCCCUUCGGUCUUACGAACGCACCAGCCACGUUCCAAAGCCUCGUGGACAAGGUCCUCCGCGAACAGAUUGGUCGGUUCGUGGUAGUGUACCUGGACGAUAUCCUGAUUUUCAGCAAGUCCAUGGAGGAACACCUCAAGCAUCUUGAGGAGGUGCUUGCCAUCCUCAAAAAGACGCAGCUCCAUCUCAACUUGGAGAAAUCCGAGUUUGGGAGGGAUAGCGUCAUCUAUCUUGGGCACCGGUUGUCUGCUGCAGGCCUAGAGCCCGAGGCAACCAAGAUUGAGGUCAUACGCGAUUGGCCUCAACCUGUGAACAUUCGUGAAUUGCGUUCUUUUCUUGUUCUCGCGUCGUACUAUCGGAAGUUUGUACCCCGUUUUUCUAUCAUUGCUCAUCCAUUGUCGCGACUAACCAGCAAGAAUGUGUCUUAUUCCUGGGAUGCCGCGUGUACGGAAGCAUUUCGAACUCUCAAGGAAGCCUUGGGCGACCUACUGGGAUUCCUGUUCGGGAAGGUGGAGGAGGGCAAUCUCACCUUGAUCGCGGACGAGUUGCUGGUGUUUUUGGCUCAGCUGGCGGACAAUUUGCCCCUGGACAUCUUGUCGCACAAUGACAAGCAGCAUGGCACCCACGUGCUGUCUCGAACGCUCGAGCCGCACCUUGUGUGGUCCACGUGCACGGAGAUCGACGAGGACAAUUGUUUCUAUCCCUCCCAGACGCUCUACUUGAAGAUCGACGUUACCGAUCUCACAUUUUGGGACCCGAUUGCGAGACAAAACGUGGCGCAGAACGAAGAGAUAAGGGGAGCAGACGAAGAAGAGGAAGAACAAGAGCCAAGCAAAUCGGCUAACCGACGAGCAACCAAUAUGGCUGCCAAUGUGCAAAAUCCAGUUCCGCAACAAAAUUUUAACCCACCAAAUCAACCUGCCCCACGUGCACGAGCUCCCAUGUCGCCACCAGAUCUCUAUCUAUUUGAUCCGGCGCACCAUCUCGCAGGAGCAUGGCUGGCCACGCUUAGAGCACAGCAGUACGAUGAUCACGAAGCACAGAUCUACAUUCCGGCUCGAAUGGGAGGAGACGCUCAUCACUGGUAUAGUACCUAUGUGUGGGUGGACCUCCCGACCUUCGAACGAGAUUUCAUGACUCGAUUUGAUUAUGUCCACUCUGAGCAAGCGCUGUACAUGAUCAAGGACCGAGUGCAAAAACUGCUCGAAUCCGUCGCGGAAUAUCGAAACCGGUUCUACCGAAUGUUCGUAAAAACUGAGCGAGGACAUGUCACCUACAUGGAACAUAUAGGCCCCAAACGAGUAAUCCUAAGUGAGACUCCGAGCAUCUCUGCUCCUAUGAUACCCCCGCCUGUCAGGACAUUACCCCCGCCGCCGGUAGAGGCUCCUGUACGAUCAAACGAAUCGGCGGCCAUUUUCGAACUAACCAAAACUUUGAUUAGUUUGAUCAAAGAAAGCAAAAAGGAACAACGAGAGCACAAUGCUCGGCUGGAAGCUAUGAUAAGGAACAUGCGACCUAUGGCGGUGCGUGCCCCUCCGAUGCAACAAGGAUUAGCCCCUGCCCCUGCUCUCGGAGGAGCUGCGAACAAUCUGAAUGUUUGCUACGCCUGUCAUCAGCCCGGACAUCUAGCCCGUGACUGCCCCCACCGACCACCACAACAGCGGAUCGGAGUCGCACCUGUGGUUGUGGCCCCCAUCGCCAACGGACCUGGACGAGUCGGAGACUUGAUGGAAGAAGUAGAGGGUGGGGGAAGUGCCCUGGCCACCACAGAAGAGGCCGCCGAGCUAAUUCCGCUAGAUCAGUAUGUAUCGCUGGGAUAUCCUGGGCUAGGAAUGAUCGGAACAAUCAGACCAGUGCCAGAACCAAAAGAGGUGGCGGAGUGGCGACCGUCCUUAGGAGAAAUGGAGUCGGGAGGACCCACCUUCGUCACAGGGGAGAUCGAUGUAUUAAACAUCAUCCGAGAAUUGGACCAUCGGAUUCCCCUUCCGAUCGGUCAUCUAAUCUCGAUGUCCGAGCAAGCCAAUGAGCGAAUGUUACAACACUGUAAAGCGAAUCGAAAGCGAUUCGCUCUCGCCCGAGCACCAAACGUAAAAGCCAACGGCCCCGCGUCGGAAGAAGACCCAACAAACACUCCGGAUUCGAUAUGAGGAUUGCGGUCGGACUCAAGAAAAGUUGCGGCGGUGAAGGAAGCCCCGGUUCCCACGUCACUGACGCAGGUUCGAUCCUUCUUGGGACUGGCGUCGUACUACCGACGCUUCAUCAAGGGCUUUGCCGCGAUUGCACGACCGCUAACGAACCUGUUACGGAAGGACCAACCUCUCAGUUGGGACGCGGGGUGUCAGCAGGCCUUUGCAACCCUCAAAGACGCUCUGGCACCAGCCCCUAUUUUGAUUCGGUCGGACCCCUCGAAGCAGUUCAUUCUUAUCACGGACUGGCAACCGGAAGCCAUUUUCGCUAUUUUAGCACAGAAGGGGAGCGAUGGUCGCGAACAAGUCAUCGAGUACGCGUCUCGAACCGUACCGGACGAACGAAGAAACGACUCCGCACCUCAAGGCGAGUGCUAUGCGGUAGUUUGGGGAAUCCAACACUUCCAUCCGUAUCUCUACGGACAGAAGUUUCGCCUCGUAACGGAUCACGAGCCUCUGCUGGCGUUGAAGAAGUUCACCAACUACACGGGCAUGAUUGGUCAUUGGGCGGUGCGAUUGCAAGAAUACGACUUCGAUAUCGUCCAUCGAAAGACAGAGCGACACGGCAAUGCGGACGGGCUGACACGUCUGCAUCGACCCGCCAAGUCCGCGCGGGCUCCCACCCUCUCUUACCGUGUUAAGGAGAACAGUGCGCCGCUAUCGAGUAAGGAGAAGUGGGACGCAUGGUGGGAGAACUAUAUCGAGCUCGCCUUUUGCCUACUGGAGAUAGAGUUUCGCUGGUCAGAGGCGGCCCUAUUCGGAGAAGGACCGAAGCACCCAGAAGACAGCGUGGAGUUUCUGAUCAUCCACGCCUGGAGGACAGCGGAACAGAGCAACCUACUGGGAUUCCUGUUCGGGAAGGUGGAGGAGGGCAAUCUCACCUUGAUCGCGGACGAGUUGCUGGUAUUUUUGACUCAGCUGGCGGACAAUCUGCCCCUGGACAUCUUGUCGCACAGUGACAAGCAGCAUGGCACCCAUGUGCUGUCUCGAACGCUCGAGCCGCACCUUGUGUGGUCCACGUGCAUGGAGAUCGGCGAGGACAAUUGUCUCUAUCCCUCCCAGGCGCUCUACUUGGAGAUCGACGUUACUGAUCUCACGUUUUGGGACCCGAUUGCGAGACAAAACGUGGCACAGGACGAGGAGAUAAGGGGAGAAGACGAAGAAGAGGAAGAAGAAGAGCCAUCGAGUGAGGAAACGGACGAUCCGGACUACGUACCGGAUAGAGAGGCAGGGAUAGCCGACGAAUCAAACCAGCUGCAGGCGCAGGACGAGGGGGUGGAACCAGAAGAAGAAGAAGGAAGCGGGCUAUGAGGAUCGGAGUGCGAAGGAUUCGAGGCUGAAGUGCGCGACGCGGCGCGAAAACG